CGUGCGUCGCUCCCCGACUCGCGAGCUCCCGCCCACGUCUCUCGAUACCCCUCACACGCGCGGCCCGCCGACCCCCGCCCCCGCGCCCCUCCUCCGUCGCCCCGCGCUCGGCGCCGCCGCUCCCGGCCCGCGCGCGCCGCGACCCGCGCGCCCCUCCUCCGCCAGCUCGGGGCCGCCGACCCGCGCCCCUCCUCCGCCGCCUCGCACUCGGCACCGCCGCGCUCGCCCCGGCCCGCGCUCCUCCAGCCCCCGCGCCGCCGAGCCGCGCGCCCCCUCCUUCCCCGUCGCCACCGCCUUGCCGCUACCUCGUCGCCGCCCAGGGAGCUCCCCCCGCAGGUGGAUCCGGGCCCGUGGCUACCGCCUCGCCGCCGCCCAGGGCGCUCCCCCCGUCGUGCGUCUGCCAGCAGUUGGUGGGUCGGCCGUCCACAUCACCCCCACCCUCCGUUCUCCUCCCCUGAAACGAAAUCUCUGGUGCCUCAGCCCCCGCGGCAGGCCAGCAGCCUGGGCGUGGUGGCCCUUCGCCGCGGCUCCAGGGGCGGCGUCAUCCCGGCUCUCCCACGCGGUGGCGGCGUGCGUCUCCUGCUGUGCCCCUGCCGCCCGCAUCCAGAAAAUGGCGGCGGCAACGAAGGCGGAGAUGGUAUUUGAGCGGCGUGCCUACGCGAGGGUGGGGCUCCUUGGCAAUCCCAGCGACAUGUACAGCGGCAAGGCACUCUCCUUCACCAUCACUGACUUCUCCGCCACUGUCCGCCUCCGCCCUUCGCCCGAGCUGCUCAUCCAACCGCACCCGCACCACGAUCUCGUCGCCUUCCCCUCCCUGCCCCACCUCCGGGAGGAUUAUCAUUGCUGCCUCAAGAUUGGGGUCCCUAAACAUGUAGAGGUAUGGCACUCCCAAUUCAUGCAACUAAUAGACAUCACUUACAGCCAAAAGAACAAGAGGAAAGCUGCAAGACUUUUCGUAAUCAGAAGCUGCAGCAGUGCUUACCUUACCUCCAAGGUGAGUCGUUUGCAAAAUGAAGGAUAUUAUGGAGGCGUUCGGCUGCUGAUGGCUAUCUGUAAAGUUUUCUACAAUCACUGUAUUCAAAAUAAUAUCAGUCUAAAAGCUGAAAAUUUCACCUUAUCAUACGAUACUAAUAUUCCUCGGCAGGCUGGGCUAUCUGGUUCGAGCGCGAUUGUUUGUGCUGCUCUAAACUGCCUUCUUGACUUCUAUGAUGUCAGGCAUUUAAUACAAGUUGAAUUGAGACCUAAUCUGAUUCUCGAUGCUGAGAAAGAACUUGGAAUUGUUGCUGGACUUCAGGACCGUGUGGCACAGGUUUAUGGGGGACUGGUCUAUAUGGAUUUUAGCCAGGAGCAUAUGGACAAGCUGGGUCAUGGCAUAUACAGACCUUUGGAUGUCAAUCUGCUUCCUCCUCUAUACCUCAUCUAUGCAGAGAACCCCAGUGACUCUGGCAAGGUCCACAGCAGUGUUAGGCAAAGAUGGCUUAAUGGUGACGAGUUUAUAAUAUCAUGUAUGAAGGAAGUUGCACAGCUAGCGCUUGAUGGCCGCAGGGCUUUGCUGCAGAAGGAUUAUACUGAGCUUGCACGGCUUAUGAAUAGGAACUUUGAUCUGCGAAGGGAAAUGUCUGGAGAUGAUGUACUUGGAUCCGUGAACAUAAAGAUGGUGGAGGUGGCACGCAGCGUGGGCGCGUCAUCCAAGUUCACCGGCAGCGGGGGCGCGGUGGUUGCUCUGUGCCCAGAUGGUGAAGCGCAGGCGGAGCUUCUCCACAAGGCUUGCCAAGAGUCUGGCUUUGUGGUACAGCAGAUCAAAGUUGCACCCUCGGUGCUGUCGGAUGAGGAGUUGACAAGCUUACCAACUUGCUAGUCCUGUUGAGUGGUUGAAGCUACUGUUCUGUUUUGGAGGUAAACAAAACAAAACAGUACGAGUGUAUGGUGUUGCUUCAUUUGCCAGGUUAUUUGUUUUGAUGUGUGAUGGUGUGUGUUGGUUGUUUUCAUGUCUGAUUGGAUGGUGAACAAAGGUAGGCGAUUGUUUUCGAUAACAAAAUAGAAGCUGUAUUGCAAUUCUUUUGCCUUGUA